AUGGCUGUUGUCCACGAAGGAGCGCUUAAAAAGAUGUUAAAGAAAUACAAAUAUAGAGAUCUCACAGUCCGAGAUAUUACAAAUGUCAUCUCUCGGUACAAAGACCUCAAACCAGUAAUGGAUGGUUAUGUUUUUAAUGACGGAUCCUCAAGAGACCACAUGAGUCUUACUGGGACUGUACCAGUUAGUUAUAGAGGGAACGUGUACAAUAUUCCCAUCUGCCUCUGGCUGUUGGACACGUAUCCCUACAAUCCCCCUAUUUGUUUUGUGAAGCCGACCAGCGCAAUGAUGAUCAAGACUGGCAAACACAUUGACGCCAAUGGCAAGAUCUACCUGCCCUAUCUGCAUGAGUGGAAACAUCCUCAGUCAGAUCUGUACGGCCUCAUCCAGGUGAUAAUUGUGGUGUUCGGUGAGGAACCACCUGUGUUCUACAGACUUAAAAACUUAAAAAGUUUAUGGCACUGUCAUGGUGACCGGAUCGCCGACUUUUUCAGUUCCCUUUCAGUCUGUCUCUCAAGAAGUCAGCCAGGUGAAGCAGAUCGUCCCUCUAGUUCUCAGAGGGGAGAACACUUCCGCAAUAUGGUCGAGGUCGCCGCUCUUCUGAUGAAGGGUUCCAUAGAGCCCGUCCCUCUAGCAGAGAUGUCCUCUGGGUUUUACAGCCCGGACUUCAUCGUUCCCAUUCUCCCUUGA